UUUGUCCUCCUUGAACAUCACGAAAAAUUUGUGUAUUUGCUGUCAUGGAAUCAUUAUCCUUUUUUUUUCUAAAAAAACGCCUAAUCCAUUUAUUUCUUUAUAUAAAUAUAAAUCUUCUUCAGGUUUCAACUUCAUGUGUUCCAUUAGCUGAACAUUUUCUUGUUGGUUUCUUAUUCAAUUGUUAUCAGAAAUGGGUGAAGAAGACGAUGUUAAAGAAUUGUUCGAGUCCCCAGGUUUCGUUGAUCAUCAUCAGAAAGAGGAUAGACAAAGAGAUCAUCAGUGGAAGAACAUGGAAAACGAUGACGGUGAAACUUCGGCUUGUGAAUCAUCAUCCAUGGAAGUUUCUUCAACAACUCGUUCUUCAAUAUCAGACAUGAUAGACGACGCAUCUUCGUCUUCAUCAUCGACUUCCACUAAUUCUAAUGGACCUUUAUAUGAAUUAUCAGAGCUCAUGGCACAACUCCCAAUCAAGAGAGGUCUUUCGAAGUAUUUCCGGGGAAAAUCUCGGUCGUUUAGUCGUGUGUUGAGCGUUAGAAACAUACAACAAUUUGCCAAGAAAGAACGGCAUCACAAGAGAAAAAUCAAAGCAUAUGGUGGUGGCCUUAAACAUACAACUUUUGCAAUUUGCAGACCUCCUCCUUUUCCAGUACAAACUAAAAACUUCUCAUCGUUAUAGUUUCCUUUUAGAUCAAAAUUGAAUUAUUAGAAUCCAUGCACAUGAUUGCCGCUGUUUCCAAACUCAUUUUUAUAAGGAAAACUGAUCGAAUUUGCAGAUGAUAGAUUUUGUAACUUUGAUCCUCCAUGAUAUAC